GCUCAAUAAUACUCAAAAAGCCGCGGUGUAUAUUCAAAUAGACCGCGUCCAGGAGAGGGCGUUACCACAUCGUGUUUCUCGCUCGCAGCGACCAGCCGAUGGGACGUAUGUUUGGGUUCAUUGACUGCCGACACGUGUUGUUGUUAUCACUGACUGUGCGUUAUGAACGAAUAACAAAACUCAUGGAGUGGAUAAGUGUUGGAUUUUUGAGCAUGUGGUAAACGAAACAUUUAGUUGCAUGAUUGAAAACGUGAAUUCAGGAGCGUGGACAAGGGGUUUCACAGAGUUUAUCCUAAGUUUGAGCGGGAGGUGUGAAAAGGACUUAAACAUAUAUUAUACCUGGAUAUGGCUGGUGACGUCCGCACACUCGAAUUCCACGAGAUGGGACUUGACGAGCGCAUCGUUAAAGCAAUUGCCGCACUUGGCUGGAGGCAGCCAACUGCUGUUCAGGAACAUGCAAUACCGCUUGCACUUAAAGGUAAAGAUAUCCUUGCAAGAGCAAGAACGGGUUCGGGCAAAACUGCUGGUUUUGCCAUUCCUGCUAUCCAGAAGAUACUUGAACGUCGGUUGAAGGGUUGCGAUCAGGAGACGACAGUAUUGGUGUUAGCUCCAAGUAAGGAGCUAUGUAAGCAAAUCUACAGGCACUUUGUAGCCCUGACACGGUACUGUACAGGACAGGUACGAGUUGUGGACGUGUCUGAGUUUUCACAAUUAUCAGUUUUGCGACCGCAGCUAAUCGAACGGCCAGAUGUGGUUAUAGGCACGCCAGCAAAAGUUCUUGCCCACUCGAAAGCCGAAAACCUUAUAUUAGACUCGGUUGAGAUGCUGCUGAUCGACGAAGCUGACCUUGUGUUUGCUUUUGGCCACGAAAAGGAUACCGAACAGUUGCUCACAAACCUACCAACUAUAUUCCAAGCUAUUGUAUCAUCAGCUACGUUGAGCGAAGAUGUGCUAGCGCUCAAGCGGCUCGUAUUACAUAACCCGGUUACACUACGGGUAGAAGAAAGCUCCCUUACCGACAAUCCUGGCCUUACGCAGUAUGUAGUGAAGUGCGAGGAACUGGACAAGUAUGCGAUUCUUGCAGCUUUAUUCAAGCUCAAUCUAAUCAAGGGAAAAACGCUGAUUUUUGUUAACUCGGUAGAUAGAGGUUACCGAACGAAGCUAUUCCUCGAUCAGUUCGGUGUUCGGAGUUGUGUGCUCAAUAGUGAAUUGCCACUUACGUCGAGACAAGUGGUCAUCGAUCGAUUCAACGAAGGUCGUUAUGAGAUUAUUGUGGCAUCUGAUGACAAAUCAUUGGAUGCGAGGAAAGCUUCAAGCAAAAAAGAUGGAAAUAAAAGAAGAUCAGGUAUAGAUCGAGAAUUUGCUGCAAGUCGCGGUCUGGACUUUCAAUUCGUAUCUAACGUUAUCAACUUGGAAUUUCCUAUGAGUAUCCAAGCGUAUAUUCAUCGCAUCGGCCGUACAGCUCGUGCUAAUCAGAAGGGAACAGCCCUCAAUUUUGUCUCUAUGCGCGAAAUGCCCUUGUACGAGGCUGUUGAAGCUAAGAUGGUAGAAGAGAAACGGAACAUGUUUCAGGCGUACCGGUUCAAGAUUGAUGAAAUUGAAGGAUUUCGUUAUCGCGCUCAGACGGCACUUAACCAGUUACAGAAAAGAGUCAUAAAAGAAGCGCGAAUCAAGGAUAUCAAAGAGGAAAUGUUGAAAAGCGCCAAGCUAAAGACGUUCUUUGAGGAGAAUCCCCGAGAACAUUCGCUUCUUCGACAUGAUAAAGCUGCUCGGGCAACAACAGUAAAGUAUCACGGACUCAAACACGUUCCAGACUAUAUCAUCCCCCCAACAUUACAACGUAUUAUGCAGAUGUCCAAUCGAAAAAGGCCUCGAAUAACAACUGAAGAAGGCAGUGCUGUCAGAUCAAGCGCUUGGGAACCUGUAUGUAAGAGAGCUUCAAAACGAGGGAAAGCGUUCCCUCAAAAUAACAAUAAACAGAAUAAGGAUCCUUUAAAAAGUUUUUCGUUUAAACCUUAAUAAAUGAUCUAGUUUUAUGCAGAUAUGUUUGAAUGUAAACGUCGAUAUUUUCAUUCGUUUGUAGUGAGGCUAGCUAAGUGGAAACAUUAAUCCUUACCAAAACCUUAGUCAAAAAGAUCGAUAUUGAGUAAAUUAACAGGUAUAAUGCCAAAAACUGCAAAGGCUUGUACUAGAGUAAUCCCGUUAGAUUCAAUACAAGUCCUUGUGUUAUCUUCCUUGUGUGCUUAAAAUGAGAACAACAACAAUAAUUAUCAUAAAACAAAACUAAAUACGUGGAAUCUUAAUUUAAGAGCUUAGUAGGUUUUAUAAUGACGUACUGUAUAAUGGUUUAUCAAACGUAAACCUUCGAAAAUUUGAGGAAAUCAAAUUUUCUGCAAUUCAAGGCAUCGUAGACUUACAGUUUAACGAUAAACCGAUCUAGCGUGAAAAUACGAGAAAUAAAAUAAUUUAGUAAUAAAGCUGAAGUGUUCCAUAAGAAUUUUAGACCACUAUUUGUAAUUCAGGACAUACAUUAUCAAUGAUGUUGGUAUAGCAAGUAGCUACCGCAUUCGUACUAGAAACAAUUAACAAGUUGCUAAAGAUAACCAAUAAAAUUACUUAAGCAUAAUCAAUCCUUUGCAAAAAGAAUAUUUCAUUUCGGCAAUUUCCAGGCUAGUGGUGGAAAAUAUAAGUGAGUUAUAGUAAGCACCUUCUUUAGUGCGACAAUAUUGUGCAGUACAUAUAAGCUUAUAGCUACGCGAUCCAUUCAUUACGUUCAGUAUAACUGCUCAUCUGUGAGAAAGU